AUGAUACAUAAAUUAGUACGUCAAAAAUGUAUUUUUCAAAACAAAAAGACUUUACCUUUUAUACAUACUAGUAUACAAAAUCAACUACAAUGGGGAAGAAACACAGAAAAAAAUAAAGUAUCUAACAUCAAGAAGUAUUGGUUUGAUAGAUAUAUAAAUUACAUUAAGAAUUAUGAACAAGUAUUGGAGAGAAACUUUCCACGAACGAUGCAUGUUUAUCGUAUAUUCAGUAUUGGAACCAAAGAUUUUAUUAAUGAUGUAAAGAAAUAUAUUUUGAUAUUGAAAAAGCAAGCUAUUUCUGAUGCAAACAGUUUAACUGUUGAGGAAUUACGGUUGAGUUAUACAAUGCCAAAAGAUUUAAUAAAAAUUUGUCCUGUUUUGUUAAUAUCAGCUGUUCCUUUUACAAAUUACGUAAUUUUUCCUUUGGCAUAUUAUUUUCCAAGACAUCUUCUAACUUACCAUUAUUGGACAUUACAACAAAGGCUUGAUUUUAUGCUAUUGAGCCAUAAGAGACGAUUAAAACACAACAGACCAUUAUUCAGAUGCAUGCAAGCAGAACUUAAUAAUAUUAAAAAUCAAACAUUGAGAAUAAAAUGGAAUGGUAUUAUUGCAUGCCUUGGUAGUGGCACACAUCCUAAUGUGAAAGAUAUUAUUGCUUGCUCUGAAUUAUUUGCUGGUCAUCCAUAUUCGCUAAAUAAUCUUAAAAGGAAACACAUAAAAGAAUUACUUGGUAUUCAUGAUAUACCCUCUUGGAGACUUUUUAAAAUACAGAAACUUAUAGAAAGAGGUAUGCUAAUAAAACGAAUGGAUCAAGCUAUACAAAAAGAGGGUGGAAGUAUAAAGUUGCCAAAUGAUGAAAUACGCUGGGCACUUUCAUUUAGGGGCGUGAAUCCUGCAAAUAUGUCAUUAAAAAGCAUGAGAAAUUGGCUUGACCAGUGGUUUAUUAUAUCAAAUACUGUUAAUGAAAACACGAUUUCAUUGUUAUUACACAGUCCAAUAUUAUUAGCAUACAAUCAUCCCACUAACUGGAUCCUUAUAUACAAUUAAAAUAUUCCCAAAAAUUUGUCACUCUUUGGUUGUAAAAAGGUUGUAUAAAGAUAUUAUAACAAUUCAAUAUUUAAGUAGUGAUUUAUGUUCAAAGUAUUUGUACAAAUUGCUUCAUCUGACCUCGUUUAACUUUAUAUACUAUGCUGUAAAUAUUGUGUGUAUACAUGUGAAAAGACAAAGAAAUAUAAGAAAUUUUCAUCAUUUUCUGAUAA